CCAAAAUCUCCCAGAAUUCCGGAAUAUCCCCAGAAUUCCCCCAGUCCCCGAGCUCGCUGUCCUUCCUCCGCAGCCAUGGCCUUCCUCACCUACAUCCUGCUGGCCGGGCUGGCCCUGGGCACCCAGAACAGGUUCUCCCCGGACAGCCUGGGGCUGGCAGCCAGCUCGGCCCUGGCCUGGCUGCUGCUGGAGGUUCUCAGCGAGCUCCUGGCGCUGCAUUUGGCUCCCGGCGCGUCCCAGCUGGGCCCGGCCGACGUGGUGGCGCUCGCCGGAUACAAAUACGUGGGGAUGAUCGCGGGGCUGCUGUCGGGGCUGCUCCUGGGCUCCGCCGGGUACCACGCCGCCCUGGGCUGGAGCUGCCUCAGCAUCUUCGUCUUCAUGAUCCGGACGCUGAGGCUGAAGCUGCUGGCGGAGCCGGCGGCCGAGGCGCGGAGCCAGCUGCGCCUGUACCUGACCGUGGCCAUCGCCGCCGCCCAGCCCCUGCUGAUGUACGGCCUCACCUUCCACCUGCUGCGCUGACAGCCCCCAGAUCCCGGGAAAAACGGGAAAAUCCCGCAAUUCUGGAGUUUUCCCAAAAAAAUCCCACCCCGGAAUCAAUAAAUGGCUUUUUUUGGGAUUUUUUUGGGGUUUUUUUGUUGAUUUUUUGGGGUUUUUAUCCUGAAUUUUGGGUGGUUGGAGGAUGGGAGAUCAUCCCUGAGAUCCAGAAUUCCCGGGAAAAUCCUGGAAUUCUGGAGUUUUCCCA